CCCUCCCUUCUUCCCUCCCACUCUCUCCUCGCCUACUCGGUCUCCGGAUCCCUCCUCUCUCUGCCUCUUUUCCCAGUUUGAUCCUGAUUUUGAUUUUCGCACCCUUCGCUCGAUCCUCCCUUGCCCUGCGCGCCCGGACGCAGAUUUUUAGGAAGCGAUUUCGCUCACGUUUUUUUUUUUUUUAAGGACCAGGAAGAGGGAGCGAGAGAGAGAGAGAGAGUGCGAGUCCGGGAAGCACAAGAUUGCAGGCACCAUUCGGGAUUGAAACCCAGACCCAGUCGGGAGCGCGGAGCCGGAGGAAGGAGGAGCAGCGCUAACGGAAGCCGCUGUUGCAGUUCAAGUUUUGAUAGCGCUGCUGGAAAGGGCUUAAAUCAGUUGACUGUUUUUUUUGUUUGGUUUUUUUUUUUUUUUAAGAGACUUUUUUUCUCUCGAUCUCUCACUCCGAGUGAAAGCCGAGCGCAGCGCAAUUGCAGAGCGGCGAGAAAGCCAGGGGAAGAGCUGGGAGGCGGGAGAGAAGAAGGAGAAAAAGAAAAAAGUCUUCUAGGAGAAGCGUUUGCAUUUGCAACAAAGAGCGUGGGAGCCGGGAGCCACCAGGGCGCACGGCAAGGGUGUCUGUUUCCAGCCGAGACCCAGCUCGCUCCUCCCGCCUCCGAAACCCACUUCCCGGAGCGGCUUUUAAAAGACGCCGGGCACAGGGACAGUCACCCCAGCGGCGAUGUCUCCUCAUCUGUUGGCGUGCCCACUUUAAAAGCUGCGUCCACGUUCCCGUUCCCUUUCAAGUGCUUUUGUUGUGAUUUGUUCCUUUUUAAAUUUGCUUUUUUUUAAAAAAAAACAAAAACAAAAACAAAAACUAUGUGCUGCUGUUGAAUUAAAAACAAACCAACAAAAAGGCAAAACCAAGCCAGCAGCUGCGGACUUGCCCCUGUCCAGAGUGGAUGAGCCUCUCCAUGAGAGAUCCGGUUAUUCCUGGGACAAGCAUGGCCUAUCAUCCGUUCCUACCUCACCGGGCGCCGGACUUCGCCAUGAGUGCGGUGCUGGGCCACCAGCCGUCUUUCUUCCCCGCGCUGACGCUGCCUCCCAACGGCGCCGCGGCGCUCUCCCUACCCGGAGCCCUGGCCAAGCCCAUCAUGGAUCAGUUGGUGGGGGCGGCCGAGACCGGCAUCCCGUUCUCCUCCCUGGGACCCCAGGCGCAUCUGAGGCCUCUGAAGACGAUGGAGCCCGAGGAAGAGGUGGAGGACGACCCCAAAGUGCAUCUGGAGGCCAAGGAACUUUGGGAUCAGUUUCACAAGCGGGGCACCGAGAUGGUCAUUACGAAGUCGGGAAGGCGAAUGUUUCCUCCCUUUAAAGUGAGAUGUUCUGGGCUGGAUAAAAAGGCCAAAUACAUUUUAUUGAUGGACAUUAUUGCCGCAGAUGACUGUCGAUAUAAAUUUCACAAUUCUCGGUGGAUGGUGGCCGGUAAGGCGGACCCCGAAAUGCCAAAGAGAAUGUACAUUCACCCGGACAGCCCGGCUACCGGGGAGCAAUGGAUGUCCAAAGUCGUCACUUUCCACAAACUGAAACUCACCAACAACAUCUCGGAUAAACACGGAUUUACUUUGGCCUUUCCAAGCGAUCACGCAACGUGGCAGGGGAAUUAUAGUUUGGGGACCCAGACCAUAUUGAACUCCAUGCACAAAUACCAGCCCCGGUUCCACAUCGUCAGAGCUAAUGAUAUAUUGAAACUACCUUAUAGUACAUUUCGGACCUACCUAUUUCCUGAAACUGAAUUCAUUGCUGUGACUGCCUACCAGAAUGAUAAGAUAACUCAGUUAAAAAUAGACAACAACCCUUUUGCAAAAGGUUUUCGGGACACUGGAAAUGGCAGGAGAGAAAAACGAAAGCAGCUCACCCUGCAGUCCAUGAGGGUGUUUGACGAGAGACACAAAAAGGAGACUGGGACCUCGGACGAGUCCUCAAGUGAACAGGCAGCCUUCAACUGCUUUGCCCAGGCCUCCUCUCCAGCCGUGUCCACUGUGGGGACCUCCAACCUCAAAGAUCUGUGUCCCAGCGAGGUAGAGAGCGACGCGGAGGCGGAGAGCAAAGAGGAGCACGGCCCCGAGGCUUGCGACGCGGCCAAGAUCUCCACCACCACAUCGGAGGAGCCGGGCCGCGACAAGGGCAGCCCCGCCGUCAAGGCGCAUCUCUUCUCGGCGGAGCCGGUCGGCCGGCCCCGGGACAGCGCGCGGCUGGACAAGGCGUCGCCGGACUCGCGCCACAGCCCGGCCACCAUCUCCUCCAGCACGCGCGGCCUGGGCGCCGAGGAGCGCAGGAGUCCUGGCCGCGAGGUGGGCGCAGCCAAGGUGGAGGAGGCGCGCGCGCUGCCGGCCAAGGACGCCUUUGGGCCGCUCACGGUGCAGACGGACGCCGCCGCGCACCUGGCCCAGGGGCCCCUGCCCGGCCUCGGCUUCGCCCCGGGCCUGGCAGGUCAGCAGUUCUUCAACGGGCACCCUCUGUUCCUGCACCCCAGCCAGUUCGCCAUGGGGGGUGCUUUCUCCAGCAUGGCCGCCGGCAUGGGGCCCCUGCUGGCCACUGUGUCUGGGGCAUCCACCGGCGUCUCGGGCCUGGAUUCCACCGCCAUGGCCUCCGCCGCCGCGGCACAGGGACUGUCCGGGGCAUCAGCGGCCACCCUGCCUUUCCACCUCCAGCAACAUGUCCUGGCCUCCCAGGGUCUGGCCAUGUCGCCUUUUGGAAGCCUGUUUCCCUACCCCUACACAUACAUGGCUGCCGCUGCAGCAGCCUCCUCUGCCGCAGCCUCCAGCUCCGUGCACCGCCACCCCUUCCUCAGUUUGAACAGCAUGCGGCCCAGGCUGCGCUACAGCCCUUACUCCAUCCCGGUGCCCGUGCCCGACAGCAGCAGCUUGCUGGCCACCGCGCUACCGUCCAUGGCUCCAGCCUCAGGGCCCCUGGACGGUAAGGCCGCCGCCCUGGCUGGCAGCCCUGCCUCUGUGACCGUGGACUCCGGGUCAGAACUGAACAGCCGUUCCUCCACACUCUCCUCCAGCUCUGUGUCCUUGUCACCCAAACUCUGCUCUGAGAAGGAGGCAGCCACCAGUGAACUGCAAAACAUCCAGCGGCUGGUCAGUGGCUUAGAGGCCAAGCCGGACAGGUCCCGAAGUGGGUCUCCUUAAACCACCCCAGAAAAACGUCUCUUCAUUCCAGUUCGGUCAAGUCUGCCAGUGCACUUUGUCGGAUGUAAAAUAAAUGAGGGGCCUUCCAUGUGGGGUGAUAUCUUUCCCUCAAGUCUUGUCUGGGAAGGGGCACCGGACUCCCUUCAGGGAAUGUGCUAGAAACAGGUCCUGUCUUCUUGAUCUGGAAUCUGGCCCAGAAAUAGGUGUUGCAUUGAGAUGGGGGGUGGGAGGGGUAAAAAAGGCACUUGUGUCUGAAGCAAGUUCUGUGGAGGCUGGUAUGGAAGAACCAGGUAGCCAGGCCCACUGUGAGGGCAGGAGUUUGAAAGUGUUCUCCCGGUGGAUCUCUUUCCCCUUCGUUUUGUCAAGUGGAAACAAAAAUACUUUUUUUCCUUAAAGAAAAGCAACCAAAACAGGGACAGAUGAAUUGAUAUGAUUCUGUUUAUGAAGACUGAAAACUUUAUAGUGACUUGCCUAUCAGUUCUCAAUAAAUUACUGAGCAUCUUUGUUGGGGACAGAAGAAAUCCUUGCUUAGUCUAUAUUAAGGAAACCCUGUGUCUUUUUAAUGUUCUUGUGAUGUUUUAAGAGCCAAUAUAGGUCUCUUCUUGCAUGUUUUUCAGUCUUGUAUUUCUGGUUUUUAUUUUGGAUGCCUUGACUUUUAGAGAAAAGUGACAUAAACCCCUGUCCUGAACCCUACUCCUUCAAAUGGGCGAACACCAAGGGGGUGGGAACUAAAGGGAACCACUGGGGGCAAAACAAACUGACUUUAUUUUAUCUAAGCGCUGUAGCGGGAUUCAUGUCCCUGUUUGAUCAUUCUCUUAACUGUAUAUGCAAUAACAAGGUUUUAAAAGAAAUAAUAAAGAGGAAACAAGACUAUUAGACAAAGUAUUUAUGUAAUUAUUUGAUAACUCCUGUAAAUAGGUGGAAUAUGAAUGCUUGGAAAAUUAAACUUUAAUUUAUUGAAUUGUACAUAGCUCCAUGUAAAUAGGAGUGCAGCUGUCAGGUUUUACCCUUGUUUGCCUUUUGGUUGGUUUUUAUCUCCAGGUCACAAGAUUGCUAAUUCACACUAACAAGCAUACUUGCUGUUUCAACACCUACACACUUUUCAAAAGAGUUGUCUGCAAAAUUGUUUUUUUCUUUUUUAAUGUCCAAGAGUGGGCAGAAGGGGGUUGGGAGGGAAGGUAUUGGCACUUCUGGGCUCCACCUGAAAUUCUUUAAACUAUGGCACCCUGAGAGGGUUCUGAGAUUGCCAUGGGGAGUAGGCACUGCACAGGCUGUGGUUUGACUUAAUUUUUCUUUCAUAUUUGUAUUUGCUCGACUCUGGCCUCUUAACCCAAGUGAAGGUUCCUACUGCUGUUCAUCUUGAUGGUGUUUUGAAUUGGUGAAUAGAGAGGAACUCAAAAGACACGUGCUUUAGUGACGGUUUAAAGGCAAAAAAGGGAAAGAAAAAAGUAUUCAUGAAGGUAUAUUUUGUGUUAUAGUUCAUGAGUUUUGGUUUUCUGUUAAUUCUCCCCCCCUCCCAUUAAAAUAUCACUGAAAUUUCAAUAAAUUUUUAUUGAAAUGA